GGAGACACCGAAGGAGCUUCUGCGAAGAAACUUCCGCGCUUGCGUCGACAACGUCGUCUGCUGCCGCUGCUGCUGUUUUCGCAUCAUGCGCAAAUUGGUCGAGGACACUCAUUACACACCAUUACACACUACGUUCGUAGCGAUCACCAGUGCGAGACACCGUCGACAUGUCGAGUUAAGACGCAUCUCGUCGAGGGAGUGGGAGAAAGAGAGAGAUAGACAUUGGAAACGUCAGCAGUAGGGACGGGCUCCGGGGUGUGUUAGCGAUGGAGCAGCGGUCACCGAGGCAGUAGUGAAUUAACAAUCCUCUCGUAAGGAUCAUCCAUCGAAUCCAGCCAGAUAUGCGACGCGAUGCGGAGCCUGUCUGAUGUACCCGAGGAUUCGCGGGAAUGUCAUAGUGAGAUCUAGCAGCACCGUUUAACGAUAAAGCCGGAGUUAUCUGUUUGUUAACGGUGUGAAUAAUUGAUAAAGCCUGACGUGAUGAUGAUGGUGAUGACGUCGGCGCACAUCUCGUCGACACGUGCGUAAACCGAUAUCUAAAGAUGACACAGGGUAUUCAACGAUGAGCACAUGAUAUCGUAGCUGUCGUGGCGCGGCGGGAAACGCGCGUGUUUGUUGACAGAUCGCGAAGCAAGAGGCGAGAGGAAGAAAAGGAAGUUGAAGGGAAGUAGCGUAACUCUUGUGAUAUCUACGUCUCAUAAAAAAAUUCAUUCCACUAGGGUCUAAUUCAAUGCAAUUCAAGGGUACAUAACAACACCAAGCUUGAGAAGUAUUAGCGUAAGGAGAAAGCAAGAGAGGAAGAGGAGGAGAAAGAUGCAUCUUGCUUUAUGCAUGCCUAUUUACUAAAAAAAAACUUACUAAUUUUAUUAAUAUAAGAUGUAAAUAUGUGCCACACCUGCAAAGAGCUUUUUGAAUUUAAUGCGACUAACUGAUGGCUUAACAACAAUUAACAACCGAGCUUUCCUUAAUAAUAAGAUGCACGAGAAUAAUGAUGCAAAUGACACAAGAGAGUCAUACAACACGACAGACAUCACCGAGUCUAUUUUGUACACCGUACUAGUGAACGAUCUUACGACAAUCUCUGCAAGCAUGCCAGGUGCAAUCUACAACGACAGCACGUCCACGACGGCGUAUGUAGAACUGCCGCAGGACAGCGAGAGUGGUAGCCAACGAUUGUGGAAUUUAUCCAAAACCGCCAUAACUUCACUGUCUGAACCCACGGCGAUACCGUUCAACACUUCGACGAGGAGCACUACGUUAUAUACGCCGACAACCGAGUCAUUCGACGAGUUCGGCCCACCUGAAGGAGUAGAAUAUAUUUUUGUGCCACUCGGUGUGCUGGUCUCAGUUAUUAUACUAUCAGCUGUGGUAUGGGUGCUGAUUAUAUCGAGGAAGCGCAAAUUGGAGCGUUUAAGACACAGGCUCAUGCCAAUGUAUAACUUUGAUCCUGGGGAAGAGGAAGAGGAUGAUUGGGAGACCGAACUGUUGGACGAGUGCUACAAUACACAUCAAAGACGAGUGUCAAGGAUAUCAGUCCAUGGAUACUGAGGAAAAUGCAGAGCUAUUCGGUGGUCACUAGUAGCACAUUUUUUCGCAUGGCAUUUAUAUCAUUUUUUCAUCAGGUUAUAAUCGUCAUAAUUGGCUAAAAAUAUUUAUUAAUUGUAUUCUUGUACACACGAAGUUUUUAAGCAUACUGGGAAUUUACGACAUUCUCAUCUAUGAGAGUUAAAUUUUUUUUAAUACAAAUUUUUGAAGAUCAAAGUUUUAUAGCUUAAUUCUAUCUAAAUUAUAUAUUCAAAUUGCUUUUUGAAUCGUUUUAUUAAAAUCAAAUUAUACGUGCAAGUUUUAAAAUAUUGGUUAAUUAAAUUGGCCAAUAGUAUCAAGAAAGGACUAAUAAUGGAUCUUAAUGAUCAAAUAAUAUUUUUUGUGUAAAUUUAUACACAUUUUUCAAUUUUUUUUCUAUCAUUAUUUUUGGUCUUGAAACGCUUUUAAACUAAAUCAGAAUAAUAUUACAAUAUUAAAUUAUCCAUUUACUGACGUUAACAAGAUUCUAUCUAUAAGAUUCCUCUUUUAUUCCUAGAUUAAAUUGGUAAUUUAAUAUCGUAAUAUUAUUGUUCUAGUUCGUUUAAAGACCUGUAUUUUAAAAUUAAAAACAGUUCACGAAGAACUAGAAAAUGUGUAUAAAAUUACACAAAAAAAAAUUAUUUGAGCACUAAGAUCCAUUAUAAGAUCUAACUAUUAUUGGUCCUUUUUCGAUUGUAAUUGUUAUAUACAUACACGCGCGCGCAUGUGUGUAUAUACGUACAUACGUGAUCUUAUAUAUAAAUUUAUAUUAAAAAUGUUGUAUAUAUAUUGACUUUUACGCAACUAUAACUUCAUAUUAGAAAAUAUAUAUAUGAACUUUUUCACAA